UGUAAAUGUUUAACAGCUGUUAUGGGAUGAAAUGGCCUGACUGUGUCAUAUCCGUCAGUAUUAACUUAACUGAUGGGCUUUUUAUUGCAACACAUGUCAUUGGAUGCACUGCAUAUUUCACUGUUAUGCAUGUGUGCAGAAGCACAGCCAUCCUGCAGCCACUGAGCAGGCUGGAUAGUUGAGGGAUCUGCUCCUCCAUAUCAGUUUUUAAGGGGUCUGUUUUCUCCACAUCUGAAGGCAGACUCUCGUCUGUAUGAAUAGCUACUGGCGUGAAAUGUGUGUGUCCGCGCGAGUGGUGUGUGUGUGUGUGCGUGGUGGGGGCGUUCUCGACUGACAUCUUCAAACAAUACGAGAAAGAGGAGUGCACGAAUCCGCGCACCCCAGGCUGGGCUCCUUCUCCCUGUAAUAGUGAGCGUCAGCCAUUCUUAAAAACACACAUUUUUGUAGCUUAGUGGAGUGGACUGGAGGGGCGCGAGGAGCGUAAACUGAGCGGACAAAGAUGUAAAUAAAAACAGUCAUCUCCCAGCUGAGCGAGGCGUUCUUCAGCAGAGUUUUUGGAUCAAUCAGGCAGACAGGGGCUUCUUUUGAUUAAACCCCAAAUUGUCAUUGGGCAGAGGUAAUCAUGUGACAGGCAAUUCGGUCCAAUUUCAACCUUGUCUCCAUGAAUUCAAUAGUUUAAUACUCGCUCGGUCCCCAUACGGCCGUAAUCAGUGAAAUAGAAAAAACUCCACCAGGAGAUUUUUUAAUGAUUUUUUCUUCCUCGUCCUCACUGAGCCGCAACAUUUCUAAAAUAUACGCGUGCAAACUUUCCUCGGCUCUCAGGGAGCGGAGAUGAAUUACGAAUUCGAGCGAGAGAGCGGUUUUAUCAAUAGUCAGCCGUCGCUUGCUGAGUGCCUGACAUCUUUCCCCCCUGUCGCUGAUUCAUUUCAAAGUUCAUCAAUCAAGAGCUCGACGCUUUCACGCCCGACACUGAUUCCUCCUCCCUUCGAGCAGACCAUCCCCAGCCUCAACCCGGGCAGCCAUCCGCGGCACGGCCGGCCCAGGCACAGCCCCGAUGGAUGCAGCCCGCUGCCCACAGCCUCCUUACCACCGGAGUAUCCGUGGAUGCGCGAGAAGAAGGCGUCCAAGAGGAACCACCUGCCGACCUCCACCGCCACCACCACCAUCUCCAAUGGACCUGUGUGCUUCUCCCCGAAAGGCUCGCCUGAGAUCGUGGAGAGCGCCGGAGGAGGCGGCGGAGGAGGAGGAGGAGGCUCCCGGCGGCUGAGGACAGCGUACACCAACACGCAGCUGCUCGAGCUGGAGAAGGAGUUCCACUUCAACAAGUAUCUGUGCCGGCCGAGGAGGGUGGAGAUAGCGGCCCUGCUGGAUCUGACCGAGAGGCAGGUUAAAGUGUGGUUCCAAAACCGGCGCAUGAAGCACAAGCGGCAGACGCAGAGCAAGGAGAACCACAACGGGGAAGGGAAAGGGCCGUGCGCCGAGGACGGCAUCCACAGCGAGGAGGAGGAGGACGAAGCGGCCCCUAUGUUCGAGCGGAGCGGGGCCCUGCUGGAGAGAGAUACCUGCUCCUUUCAGAAUAACUCCGCGCAGCAGCUCCACAAUAGCGACGCUUUGGGUUUUGCUGCUGCGCCGCUGAACAGCAAUGACAAAAAUCUGAAACAUUUUCCCAACCCGUCACCCACUGUUCCGGGCUGCAUGUCAACAAUGGGCCCCGGCUCGGCAUCUGGCCCGGACAAUGGCGGCAGUCCCCCGGCCCUGGAUGUUUCUUUACACGAUUUUCAACCAUUCUCCUCGGAUUCCUGCCUACAGCUCUCCGACACAGCCUCACCGAGCCUGUCAGAAUCUCUGGACAGCCCCGUGGACAUUUCCACAGACAGUUUCUAUUUUUUCUCGGAGUCUCUGACUACAAUCGACCUGCAGCAUCUGAACUAUUAACUCAAAUCAAUCACAGUAAUUCUCUCCUUUUUUUGGGACACUAAAAAUCAGGCUUCGGUGGUAUUAACUCUGAUGUUAUUUGUAUAUUCGGCACAUUUAUUCUGUUGAUAUUUGACUUGAGCAUUAAUACAAGGUAAGGAUGGAAUUAAAUCACUGAAUUAGUUCUCUUCAAAACUUGUAAUUACCAUAACAGACUGAUCUUGGAAUGGAAAUUAUGAGUGUGUGAGAGUGUGAAUAAUGACACAAUAUUAGGCCUAUGGAACCUGGUCCUUUUUAUUUUUGUAUAGCUUCCAAUGUCUUGGAUAUUUUUGUUAGAAUACAAAUAACUUGCUACAA